CCGCCCGGUUCUCGGAAGAAAAAUCGGCUCCGCCCACUGGUUGCCCCCGAGAGUCAGUGGAAGGGUCCGCUCCGCCCUUGGCCGGCCCCAGUGCUAUACCCACGCCUUCGGGGGAUCUCGGUCAGACCAUGGCGAGUCCGGAGAAAGCGAGCACCAUGGGCCACAUGUUCGACGUGGUCGUGAUAGGAGGCGGCAUCUCAGGACUGUCUGCUGCCAAACUUUUAGCUGAAUAUGACACUAAUGUUUUGGUCUUAGAAGCUCGUGACAGAGUUGGAGGAAGGACAUAUACUGUGAGGAAUGAACAUGUUGAUUACGUGGAUGUUGGUGGGGCUUACAUAGGACCCACACAGAACAAGAUCUUACGAUUAUCUAAGGAGCUGGGUUUAGAGACGUAUAAAGUCAAUGUCAGUGAGCGGCUGGUUCAGUAUGUGAAGGGGAAAACUUACCCAUUUCGGGGUGCCUUUCCUCCGGUAUGGAAUCCUAUUGCAUAUCUGGAUUACAACAAUCUGUGGCGGACAAUGGAUAACAUGGGAAAGGAGAUCCCAGCUGAUGCACCGUGGGAUGCCCCCCAUGCUGAGGAAUGGGAUAAGAUGACCAUGAAAGACCUCAUUGAAAAAAUCUGCUGGACAAAGACAGCUAGGCAGUUUGCAACUCUCUUUGUGAAUGUCAACGUGACCUCUGAGCCUCAUGAGGUCUCCGCCCUGUGGUUCCUGUGGUACGUGAAGCAGUGUGGAGGCACCACUCGGAUAUUCUCAAUUACCAAUGGGGGCCAGGAACGGAAGUUUGUAGGUGGAUCUGGUCAAGUGAGUGAACGGAUAUUGGCCCUCCUUGGUGACCGAGUAAAGCUGAGUUGUCCUGUCACUGGUGUUGACCAGUCAGGUGAAAACAUCAUCAUAAAGACGUUGAAUCACGAAGUGUAUGAGUGCAAAUAUGUCAUUAGCGCCAUCCCUCCAACCUUGACCACAAAGAUCCACUUCACACCCAUGCUGCCAAUGGAGAGGAACCAGCUGAUUCAGCGUCUGCCCAUGGGGGCUGUCAUCAAAUGCAUGAUGUAUUACAAGGAGGCCUUUUGGAAGAAGAAAGAUUUCUGUGGUUGCAUGUUGAUUGAAGAUGAAGAAGCCCCAAUUUCAAUAACCCUGGAUGACACUAAGCCAGAUGGAUCACUCCCUGCCAUCAUGGGCUUCAUUCUUGCCCGAAAAGCCGUCCGACUUGCCAAACUCCAUAAAGAAAUAAGGAAGAGGAAAAUCUGUGAGCUCUACGCCAAAGUGUUAGGAUCUCAAGAAGCUUUACACCCGGUACACUACGAAGAAAAAAACUGGUGUGAGGAGCAGUACUCUGGAGGCUGUUACACUGCCUACUUUCCCCCGGGGAUCAUGACACAAUAUGGAAGGGUGAUCCGACAGCCAGUAGAUAGGAUUUUCUUUGCUGGCACAGAGACUGCGACACACUGGAGUGGCUACAUGGAUGGUGCAGUAGAAGCCGGAGAAAGGGCGGCUAGAGAGGUCUUGAAUGCGUUGGGGAAGGUGGCAAAGAAAGACAUCUGGAUCCAAGAGCCUGAAUCCAAGGAAGUUCCAUCCAUGGAAAUCACUCACACGUUCUGGGAGAGGAAUCUUCCUUCAGUGUCAGGUCUCCUGAAGCUCAUUGGAUUUUCUACAUCAGUAACUGCCCUCUGGAUUGUGCUAUACAAAUUCAGGCUCCUGACACGAUCCUGAAGCUUCAUGCUUAUGCUUUUCGCUUACUCUUUUCCAGCACAUCAGAAAGAAAAUCUUGACAAAUUAAAGUCUGUGUCCUUGGAUCAUCUUUAAGUCACAGACUUUAACCCUUCAGUUUAGUCUCAGUCACUGCUAACGUAAAAAUGACCCAAAGAAUCACCUCAUUAGAUCAACCUCCAUGUUGCUAAUUGUCUGUGUAAUUAACUUGUAUUGAUUGGUGGAAUAAACCUUACGAUUGACUUCUUAAUUUCAAGAAGCUAAAGCUGAAGUGUGUAUCAGCAAAAUUUUUUGUGUCCUGUGUGUCUCCCCUUUAACACCAAAUGCCUGACGAUAAUGGAAAUGAAACAUUUAACUUUCUCUCUGUAGAGGUUGAGUAGUUAAGACCCAGCUUGUGACUGUCCUUUUCAGUCCUUAGGCAAUUUUGAAGUGUAGGUCUAGAGCUCAGAGGCUCACAACUUUCUGGGGGAACAGCUCCCACUUUGGUAAGGGGAUAACAGUAAAUGAAAGCCGUGCAGGUGGGCCAGUUGGGGGGGCGGGCAUCUAAUAGGUCACUGCCUCAGGAUUUCCUGACCACUUCUAAUUCCCGUGAAGUUUCUAGGCAUCUCGUCUGCGUACUGGCUUGUUUAUGUUCUCCUCUAUUUGCUUCUUAAAGGGGAGAGUGCUUAUCAAGGUAUAGUGUUCUGUUGACUGGCUGUGACUUUUGUGCAGCUUCCCCGAUGAGCAAAGUAAGACAGUGACAGGGCUGCCCCCCCCACCACGGAAGGUCUCCCUGCUCCCCAUGAGACCAGCUGCAGUGGGCAUCUCCUCUUCCUCAUGGUGGCUGGACAUCACUGCUUAUUACCAAUAUACGCAUCUCUGCCAUUUUCAGGAAAGUGGUAUUUUCCUUUGUUUUAGGUAUACUCCAGCUGUCUGACAGCGCCUACCAGUGUUUAUCUUUUCUUCUUUCCUAAAACUGUAGUAGAAUUCCACAGAUCUUUUCAUUUAAAAUAUGUCUUCAAUGUGUUUACCUUUAAAUAAAAGUUAGCCUGCCAAUUUCAAAUAGAUAUUGAAAUAGACAUGAUAUCAUUUCUGAUUACUAUUUGUUGAGAUGAUCAGAUGCAGAAAGGAAAGGAAUUCAGACUCUAGUAUAGCCUACCUUGCUAUAAUUAUUAAAUUUUAUAAAAGAUAUGAAACUGAAUCUUUUUAUAUAUGAAGGCUAAAUUUUCUAGCUUACGAGUCACUUGGGUCCAGGACAGGGUCUGUCUCUCACUUUUCCCAUUUGAAAUCUGUCAGAUUCUUAAAGGCCCAGUCCAAAGAUUUCAAACAUAAGAUACUUUUUUAAUAUAAAUAUCUGGAUAAUAUGAUACAUUUGUGUUCAGAUAAAGCAAUUGAAAACAUUUGGCAGAUUUGGGCACACAGGUGCUGAAUAUGGAGUCGUAUCUUAUCCCACCUCAUUGAUGAAUGAGACAUUUCAUUUGAAAUGAAGUUUCUGGGGAGCUGAAGCUUGUUCUUCUAUGUGCCAAAAUUUUUUAAUAAACAAAACUUAAUGGACAUGUUUCCAAUACUUUAAAAUAAGCUAGGUUUAGCUGCAUCUUUUUUUAUUAGUCAGGUCAACCAUUGUCUCUCAAUUAUUUUAUACUUUUAUAAUGGGGGUGAUACCAUUGUGUUUUCCCCAGUAGUAAAUGUUGCAUAAUUUUUUAUCUAAUGGGAAUUAGAGAUUGCCAGAAAAAUAAAACCUCAAUAUUAUUACAUAACUACCAUAAAUUCAAAAUUAAGACAUUGAAUCCUGAUGUGAGGGCUAAAGGUAUUCCAACGUUUUACCUUCCUAAGAGGAAGAGCAGGAUUUUUCUGUCACACUUUACCUUGCAAUUGAAAAGUACUUUAACUUUGGAGUUUUAUUAAUUUCUUAAAUAUGUUCCAGUCCAUAAGGAGUUACAGCUUAAUAUAGCAAACUGCUUUGAGAAAUCACUUCUCUGAUCUAUUUCAGUUGUUUCUGUUCAUCUACUGAUUAACUCAAUUCAGACACACCUUUUGGGAAAUACUGAUUUAACUUCUUAACUGAUAACAGUUUUAACACUAAUGCAUAUCUCACUAAGUGUUGAAGGUUCAAGGGCUCCUGGGUAUGCUAUUUACCUUCUUCAGCUUUUCAGGAAGCCAGUUAAUUUAUCCAAAUUAUAUUAGCCCUGGUAAGCUACAGAUUAUCAAAAUGAAUGCCAGUACAGAUGUGCCUAGAAAUGAAACUGGAGCUGAGGACUCCCUCCAAAGUGCAUGUUCAAGCAGGUUGGCCAAUACCAACAUCAUCAAGAGUCCAAUACCAACAUCAUCAAAUCAGUUUAAGCAGCAGCUAGAGCCUGGCCUUGUGAAGGCAUCACUUCACAAUUUUGGAAGACAGUUGGCCUCACUCCAUAUGCAGGUGGAGAUUAUAUUUUAAGUGUGAAUCUUGUCAAAACUGUUAAGUAAGGACUUGUACAACACUGAAGAAAAAAUGUCAGAAAGUGAACUAUGUCUGGUUUGAUUGUGAACUUGGUCCCAAAUGUUUUAUUCGAAACUUGCCCAGUGCUACACGUGGGAAUACUCAUAUGUAUGUGUUUCGCCACCAAAGUAUGGUUUUGCCUGUAUAGUACUGUUUUGUUUGUUAAUAAAGUGCACUGCCAACCU